AUGCAAAAGUUAGGAUUCGAGAACGCGAGAUACUACUACCCAAGCGGCACAGAGACGCCGUACAGCGACAGAGGACAGUCAUCGGCGAUUAUCAAGAACGCGGCGUCGACGAGCGGUUAUUACGAGGACGAUACGCAGUACGUGGAGAUAUCGCUCGAUUUCCACGAUGAUUUCGUCUCCGUGUACGGCUUGACGUCGCCGGACCAUACCGGCGCCGGAUUGAUAUACGAGGAUCCAGAGAAAUCGCUUCUUAGACCAGGCCGGUCAGGGAGGAGUAACAACUCAGUGUUGAAAGGCAUAGCGUCUACGGUUUCUACCGAACUGAAACGAGUUGCUUCGUUGUCGUCGGCGUCGGGGAGAAAACCACCGCGUCCGCCGUUGGCUCGGUUUCGCCGUUCAAAGUCUAGGGCAGAGCUAGCGCUAAAAGGUCUCAAAUUCAUCACCAAGACUGAUGGCGUCGCUGGUUGGCCUGGCGUUGAGAAACGUUUCCAUGACAUCACCCGAACUAGCAACGGACUAUUGCACCGUUCAAGAUUCGGUGACUGUAUAGGGAUGAAUUCAAAGGAGUUUGCAUUGGCAUUGUUUGACGCUUUAGGAAGGAGAGAAAGAGUAAGUGGAGAUACAAUAAGCAAGGAUCAGCUUCAAGAGUUUUGGAAGCAGAUCACUGAUCAAGAUUUUGAUUCUAGGCUACGAACUUUCUUCGACAUGGUGGAUAGAGAUGCGGAUGGGCGGUUGAAUGAAGCCGAAAUUAUAAGUCUAAGUGCUUCUGCAAACGAGCUGGAUAAAAUUCGGAACAAAGCAGAUGAAUAUGCUGCUUUGAUCAUGGAAACACUAGAUCCCUAUCAUUACGGGUACAUCAUGAUAGAGAAUCUAGAGGUACUGUUGUUGCGAGCGCCAAUGGAAGCUAUCAGAGACGGUGAGAGUAAGAAACUAAGCAAGAUGCUAAGUCUGGAUCUCAAGCUUCAGAAGAGUAGGAACUUUGGGGAGCGGUUUUACAGAGGGAUGAAGUAUUUUGUGGUGGAUAAUUGGAUGAGAGUUUGGGUGAUGGCUCUAUGGAUAGGUGCUAUGGCCGGGCUGUUCACGUGGAAGUUCAUGGAUUAUCGGAAAAGAUCUGCUUACCAAGCUAUGGGAAAUUGCGUUUGUAUAGCUAAAGGAGCUGCAGAGACUCUUAAACUAAACAUGGCUUUGAUUCUGUUCCCUGUUUGUAGAAACACCAUCACUUGGCUCCGGACCAGAACCAUGUUAAGUGCUCUUGUUCCUUUCGAUGACAGCCUCAAUUUUCACAAGGUCAUAGCAAUAGCAAUAUCAGUUGGAGUUGUAGUCCAUGCCACGGCUCACUUAGCCUGCGAUUUCCCUCGGCUGAUUGCUGCAGAUGAAGAGACGUAUAAGCCAAUGGAGAGGUAUUUUGGGCCACAGCCAAAGAGAUAUAUGGAGUUUGUGAAGUCUGUGGAAGGAGUGACAGGGAUUGCAAUGGUUGUAUUAAUGACCAUAGCCUUCACGUUGGCUACACCGUGGUUCAGACGUAAUAAGCUCAAGCUUCCUGGAGUGUUGAAGAAGAUAACAGGCUUUAACGCCUUCUGGUACUCUCACCACUUGUUCGUUAUCGUCUACUCGCUCCUCAUCGUUCACGGAUUCUAUGUCUACCUCAUCGACAAAUGGUCCAAGAAAACGACAUGGAUGUAUGUGACGGCACCGGUGGCUCUGUACUUGCUUGAAAGGGUGAUUCGUGCGCUCAGGUCAAGCAUCGAGGCUGUUUCCGUACUUAAGGUUUCUGUGUUACCAGGGAAUGUCUUGACGAUUCAAAUAUCAAGACCAAACAACUUCAGAUACAGAAGCGGACAAUACAUGUAUCUCAACUGUUCUGCAGUUUCUUCAUUAGAAUGGCAUCCAUUCUCAAUAACCUCAGCUCCAGGAGAUGAUUACCUCAGUGUCCACAUCAGGGUUCUAGGAGACUGGACUAAGAAGUUAAGAGCAGUAUUCUCUGAGGCGGUUAAGUCACUCCCUCCUGAUGAAAUCAGACUGAACAGAGCCGACUCGUGGCACCUGAAUAACGAACCUAACUUUCCAAGAAUCCUAAUCGACGGUCCAUAUGGAGCACCAGCGCAAGACUACAAGAAUUUUGAAGUUGUUCUACUCGUGGGUCUAGGAAUCGGAGCUACUCCGAUGAUUAGCAUUGUCAGGGACAUAAUCAAUAACUUAAAAGACAGUGAAGACGUAGAAUCAGGAAGAGGCAGUAACCGAAGACAGUCACCGAUCCACAACAUGGCCACAACACCUCCAUUUUCCCCACUUUCCCCAGCAAGAAAACGUGACAUUUUCAGAACCAAGAGAGCUUACUUCUACUGGGUCACAAGAGAGCAAGGUUCGUUUGACUGGUUCAAGAACGUGAUGGAUGAAGUGUCAAUAACAGACCGCAACAAGGUCAUUGAGCUGCAUAAUUACUGCACCAGCGUCUACGAGGAAGGAGACGCCAGGUCCGCUCUGAUCACAAUGCUCCAGUCGCUACACCACGAGAAGCACGGAGUGGACGUUGUGUCAGGGACACGUGUCAUGUCGCAUUUUGCUAGGCCAGACUGGAGAAGUGUUUACAAAAGAAUCGCUGUGAAGCACCCUAACACUAGAGUCGGUGUGUUUUAUUGUGGAGCAGCUGGUUUAGUGAAAGAGCUAAAACAUUUGGCACGGGAUUUCUCUCAUAAAACCUCCACCAAGUUCUCUUUCCAUAAAGAAAAUUUCUAA